CAAUCCACCGAUUGCUGAGUGCUCCCCCUGGCCCGCCUCUGUUGACCCUCCUCUCUUUCUCUCUCCUCUCUCCCUCUCUUGGGGGAAGACUGUUUACACCAGGAGUGAAAAGGGAGUCAAGAAAGUACCAUGGAGCUUUGAACAGUAAAGGGAGUACGAUAACAAGAUUGAUUUGAACAAGUGGUGAGAAAAAACGGGAUUUUAAUUUCCUGGGUGGCUGCAUUUUCUUUACUGGGCUUCUGCUGGAGAGACAGAAGAGGAGGAAGAAUUCAUGGCUACAGUUCCUCAAGAAGCGAUCAAUGAGCUCCAAGCUCUGAUGGAUCGAGUUGACGAGCCGUUGAUGAGAACAUUCGAGAACAUUCAUCAAGGGUAUCUUAAAGAAACUUUGGUGCGUUUUCUAAAGGCGAGAGAAGGCAAUGUUGCCAAAGCCCAUAAAAUGUUAUUGGAUUGUUUGAAGUGGCGUGUUCAAAAUGAGAUUGAUAUCAUUUUGUCGAAACCAAUUAUCCCUGAUGACUUGUACAGAGCUGUGCGGGAUUCACAACUUAUUGGAUUGUCAGGUUACUCCAAGGAGGGACUCCCAGUAUAUGCUAUCGGGGUUGGGCUUAGCACCUUUGACAAAGCUUCAGUUCAUUAUUACGUGCAAUCACAUAUUCAAAUCAAUGAAUACAGAGACCGUGUAAUUUUGCCUUCUGCAUCCAAAAGGUACGGGCGACCUAUUACCACUUGUUUGAAGGUUCUAGAUAUGUCCGGCCUGAGGCUUUCAGCCCUCAGUCAGAUAAAGUUGUUGACUAUUAUAUCGACUGUUGAUGACUUGAACUACCCUGAAAAGACGAAUACCUAUUACAUUGUGAAUGCUCCAUACGUCUUUUCUGCUUGUUGGAAGGUUGUGAAACCACUUUUGCAAGAGAGAACGAGAAAGAAAGUUCAGGUGUUGCCUGGUUGUGGACGUGAUGAUCUACUAAAGAUAAUGGAUUACAGUUCCCUCCCACAUUUUUGCAAGGGGGAAGGUUCGGGUUCUGGUCGGCAUACAUCAUACGGUCCAGAAAAUUGCUACUCGUUGGACCAUCCCUUUCACCAACAGCUUUACAGCUAUAUCAAGGAGCAAUCUCAGAGACGUCAACCCAUCCAACCCAUCAAACAGGGCUCUUUUCAUGUUGCGCUGCCUGAGGCCGCUGCAGAAGGGACAGAGAUCGCUAAAACCAUAGAAUCCGAGCUACAGAAGUUUGAAACGGAAGUGGGAUGCCUGACUCACUGGAUGGCCUUAAAAUCAAUGGCGAGUGAAGCCGUUGGGAUCAAAAUGCUUCGGACGACCAUUUGCAGCGAUGAAUCUAACAAGAGCUGAUCAUUGCCUUGAUUCAACUACGUGAACGAUGAUGUGUGGGCCAUUUCCAGUCACGCGACGUAACAGCACAGUAUGGGUGGCUCUCCCUAUUGUCUAUGUUAUCUUCUUGAGGUAACCUGAUGCAGCCGGAUGUACCUUAGUGUCCUGAAUAGCCUAAAGCCAUGUUCCUAUCAGAUGUAUGACCUGGCAUGUUGUAAUAUUCAUUUCCAUAUGCAAGUUAACAUCAUUUCCACCUAGGGAUCUCUUGGAGGCUCUCAGAUUUUAAAGGAGAUGUUCCUCAUCUUCUUUACACGAUAUGACUGUCGGAUGUUGCAAAUGUUUACUAGCAAGUCUAGCUAGUCAAUGUCUUCGGUUUCGUUGUUCAUAAUGUAUGCAUUAGGCGCAUUUCUAUUUUAAGCAAUGAAUAUUCUGU